AUGCCACAAAUGUCUCGCCGCUUUGCGUGGGGUCUAGGAAUGUGUCCGAUUGGCAAGUCUGACCAGUCUACUGGCCAUCAUGUAUCAGCUAGUUAUGUCAUACAAAUUGGCGACAUUAAGCUUAUGUUUACGGUACCGUAUGCGCUCGAGACAGAGAAAGCUUUUGAUGCAGUGAGUGCAAUGCCCGGUUAUGACCUAGUGUUCGCGCAAAAGUUUGUAAUGAAACACGGUGUGGUGGAACCUCAUACGCUGACUGACAAGGGGUCGGGCAAGACAACCACUGUGUCGGAGGUCAAGCUGUACGGUGACGUGGUAAUCCGCUGGGGGAGUGGCAACAUCGCGGGACCUUUUGUGCCCGACUACCAGAAAUGUGACAGUGUACCAGACGUGAACAUUGGCAUCAAGCGCCUUGAUCACUGUGUGGGCAACGUGCCGAAUCUUUUGGAGGCAGUCAAGUACAUCUCAGACUUCACGGGUUUCCACGAAUUUGCCGAGUUUACGGCCGAAGAUGUGGGAACGCUAGACUCAGGGCUCAACAAUUUGGUGCUAGCCAGCAACAACGAAAUGGUGCUACUGCCUGUCAAUGAACCGACAUUUGGCACAAAGCGCAAGAGUCAGAUCUAG